UUUUAACUGUAACCAGUCCUUAGGCUAAAAAUAAUAAUAAAAAAUGGAGUAGAUUCUCAAGUUACAGCAGAGUUUAAUAGUGAUUGUUGGAGUAAGUUUAAGAUUUCAUCCAAAAAUGUGAAGAAAUUUCCUUUCCAUAUUUUUAACUCGAUUUAUAUAAAUUUUAAGAACACAAGAGAGGGAACAAGUAGUUCUAUUUUUCUAGAUAUAUAUCAAGUUAGCAGUCUACCUGUUUAUGAGGUAUUUAGUGCUUUCAAUACCUUAUUUGGACUGUAUCACACUAUGUGUAAUUUCAGAAUUUAAGAAAAUAAAAUCUCUAUUCUUAAAAGUACCAGAGAUCUAGAAAUCUAUAAUUAGUCAGAAAUAACAAUAAAAAUAACGGAAAUAACCUAAAAUCAAGGAAAGAGAGAUCUAAAAUAUAAAAGAUGAUUAAUGAAAGAAAAAACUAGUCAACGGAAGGUGAUGCAAUUGAUUCGGUGUUCCAAAAUAACCAAAACGAAAACAAGAAUUUAAUCUUUUAAAGUAAAACUUUUUUGUUAAUUAAUAUUUUUAGUGUUUUCAAUUUACUUUUUCAUUUUCACCUUCAUGCAUUGUUCGCCCUCGUCGUCCCUUCCAAGGACGACGACGGAUCUAUCUUUGUCGCCACCCAAAGAACAAAGUUUAUAGAAACAGUUCUGUCAAGCAAAAAAUGUCUUUUCUUGCACCUUGUCAAAUUCUGGAGCUGAAUGUUAUUUCUGCCCAAGAACUGGCACCAGUGGCACGGUGCAUGAAAACAUAUGCAAUAGCCUGGAUUGACCCGGAGUGUAAACUAACGACUCGGGUAGACAAUACGGGCGGAACAAGCCCUACAUGGAACGACAAGUUUGUGUUUCGUCUAGACGAGGAAGCACUCUACGAUGGUACGUCAAUAGUUGUUAUAGAAAUCUACGCAUUGCAUUGGUUCAAAGAUAUUCACGUUGGAACGGUGCAAACGCUGAUCAGCGAUCUUGUGGACCCUUCUUCCGCGAUGAGAUUCGUUACCCUCGAGGUUCUUCGUGCGUCAGGACGCCCUCACGGCCUCUUAAACAUCGCCGUGGGGCUCAUCGAUAACUCGGGCCAAAGCAUGCCUCUUUUGUUUGAAGAAGAUUUGAUGUUUCACAAGAAAAAAAUAAUAUCUUCAAAACCAGUCGGUCUUCGACGGUCCAAAAGUGAUACAAGCUCAAUGGUGGAAUCACCAAGGAAGAAGGUGGCACAACAACAAACCCGUGUGAGUUCUACUACAAACUCAGGUUUUGAGAAAGAUGACUUCUCAUCUGAUUCUCAAAUGGUUGUGUAUAAACCACAAAAGAAAACGCCAAAUGCCAUGUUGAAGCAAACCAAGCAUAACGUGUAUGGGACACCAAUGAGACCAAAGAACAAGAAUGCAUAUACUACUCCCAAAAGGAAGAAUAUUGAAUAUGGAACACCAAUGAGGUCGAGACCGGUUGUGAUCACAGAGUCUGAUUUGGGUCCUUCAGCGUCAGUGGUUGCCGCUCAAAUUGCAAAGGAGAAGGCGUUGACAGGGAGAGACGCAGAGAGUACUGUGAUAAGUGUUGGCGCACGGAGCGUUGAGGGGCUUCGUUCUAAGCUAGAAAGGUGGCAAGCAAAUUUACCGGUUGUUUUAGACGUUGGUUCGAGUUAUCAACCAAGUUCUGACUACAAAACAAGUUCUAACUUCAACCCUAAAUCAAGUUACAAGCCCAACGAAGCCGUCCCGCGGAAUCAACAGAUGAUUGUAGCUCCUCCUCAAAAGCAAGGUGGGACGAAAAAGAAAGGAGGAGAUAACGGAUUGUUUUCAUGUUUUGGUAACAUUUGUGGCAUCGAGUGUUCUAUUGUUUGUGGUGGUUCUAGUGGACAAAAAGCAUCCAAGAAGAAUAAAAAAUAAGAAAUGAAAAUUUCCAAUCCAUAUUCCUCUGAAUAAUGUUUCGCUCCCUGUGUCUAUAUCUCAAGCUUAUCGAUUUUGCAACUUAAUAAUCAAAUCUGUAAUAGGAUGACAGGGACGAAGGAAUUUCAAAGUUACCAAAUUUUAUGAUUCACUUUUUUAAAAAAUAACUAGGAUACCUGUACUGAUCAUGUUUAUUUUCCUUUGUUUCAUUUUUUCUAACAAAGAAAAAGGAAAACAUUGCUAUGAAUAAUAUUGUGAUGAUACCGAUUAUGAUAAAUGCUAGAUAUAUUUGUUCUCCAAACUUUAAUUAUUCUCUAAAUUAUACUUUGUUUUUAAACUAUUGUACUCAGGCUCACUACUCAUGGAAUAAGACACAUUUCUUUAUUCUUAUGUUCUUUACUUAUACUCUUGUUAUCAACAUAAGACCCUAGCCGAUGAACAAAAUUCAAAACUCUAGUUUUCUAACAAAGUGGAUGAUUGGUUGGAUUGUAUCGAUAGAAUUUAGUUAGUAAGAUUAAGUAGGCCUGAUUUAAAUUAUUAUUAUUAUAUUAUUCUGAUUUAAAUUAUUUCAUAAGGCAAUGUAUUGAUUUAAAAUGGUUUAAUGUAUUGAUAGAAAGAUUAAAAAUACAGUGUUUUAUAAUAUUCCAUGUAAGUUAGUUUUCAGAAAUGUGCUUUUGUUUUAUUGGUAUUAUUGAUAAUAAAUAAAAAUAAAUCUGACCUUGUGUUUGAUAAGUUUUUUUUUGUGAAUAAUUGCACAUAAAAUAGAUAUUGUUUUAGUAAAUAAAGAAACUGAGAAAAGAGAAAACAAAUAGUUUUGUUAUACAUUGAAAGGGGCUGGAGAGAAAGAUGGAGAAAUAGGGAUAUGGAUUAGAUCCGGGAAGGAAUGAGAGGGAUCUGGUGCUGAAGAUAAGUAGAAGCAGCGGCAACUCCACUUCCCAAUACAACUGGGUAGCCAACAUCCUUGAG